AUGGGCAAAGAAGGCAUUCGUUACGCAGCGAAGGUGGACUUGGAUAAAGACGCGGGCACGUUGCCGUAUUUACAUAACCGCUGGCAUCCAGAUAUCCCGAACUACGGCACCAUCAAGAACAACGAGACGGUCAAGAUCGAAUGCGUGGACUGGACUGGUGGGCAGAUUGGCAACAAUGACUCGGCGGAUGACAUGAGGGAUGUGGACCUCACGAGGAUCCACUACCUCACGGGUCCCUUCGAGAUUGAGACUGCUGAGCCUGGUGAUCUCUUGCUGGUCGAUAUCCAAGAUGUCCAGCCUCUUGAGUAUGCGCCUUGGGGUUUCACAGGCGUGUUUGCGAAGGAGAAUGGAGGCGGGUUCCUGGACGAGAUAUAUCCCAAGCCAGCAAAAGCAAUCUGGGAUUUCGAAGGCAUCCACUGCUCCACACGCCACAUUCCCGGCGUAAAGUUCGCCGGUCUUAUCCACCCUGGAAUUCUAGGCUGCGCACCAUCAGCAGAAGUGUUGGAGACAUGGAAUACUCGUGAGGCGGAGCUCAUCUCAGCCUGUUCCCACAUGGACCGCGACGUUGCAAAGCCACCGGAGCCAAAGAACGUUCACGUCGGUACUGGCGAAGCUGCAAUCAAGGAGAAGGUGGGCAAAGAAGGAGCACGCACAAUCCCCGGCCGACCAGAGCACGGCGGCAACUGUGACAUCAAGAACCUCUCCCGUGGUAGCAAGGUCUACCUACCCGUGCACGUCGAGGGCGCUAAGUUCAGCGUUGGCGAUCUGCACUUCUCGCAGGGCGACGGCGAGAUCUCCUUCUGCGGUGCCAUCGAGAUGGCUGGCGUGAUCACCAUCAAGUUCACUGUCAUCAAGAAUGGCGUGGCCGACAUGGGUCUUAAGAGCCCAAUCUAUAUCCCCGGACCUGUGGAACCUCAGUUCGGACCUGGAAGAUACAUCUACUUCGAGGGCUUCAGCGUCGAUGAGAACGGCAAGCAGCAUUAUCUGGAUGCUACUGUUGCGUACAGGCAAACUUGUUUGAGAGUCAUUGAGUACCUGCGGCGAUACGGCUACAGCGACUAUCAGAUCUAUCUCUUGCUCUCCUGUGCCCCUGUCCAGGGCCAUAUUGCAGGCAUUGUGGAUAUCCCGAACGCUUGUACGACUCUUGGGGUGCCGAUUGAUAUUUUUGAUUUUGAUAUUAGUCCUGGGGCGCCGGUGCAGAAGAGAGAUAUGGGAAGUUGUGCGUAUGCGAGCUCCUGA